AUGACAGCAAUCCAACAGUCAUAUUCAUUCGACUGGGCUGGCGAUGCUUUCACUGCCAUGCAACAGUCCAACGCAAGCCCACAGCCAGCCAAGUGGGCGACUGCCUUCAGCAAUCCCACCUCUAUGCCGCCCCAGCAGCCCUUCUCCAUUCCACCUUCCCUGCUUACACACGCCACAAUGGAGCGCUAUGGUCAAGUCACCCCGCCAGAAGAACACUCCCCAGUUCAACCCAAUCGCGAAGAUCGCGAAGGCUCAAUUCCUGUCGACGAAUUGCGGAAUGAGACCGCUCUGAGGCCCAAGCAAGAACCCUCGCCACACAUGUCGCCCGCAAAGCGACAACGCCCUAGUCGCCAUGAUUCGGCCAAUCAGGACAUGGUUGCCGGUGAACUGCCUAGCGCCGCCGUCCCGCAACACCAAGACAAUGCCGACGGGAACCCCCAGCCGCCGAAGCGCAAGCGGGGCAGGCCCAAGUCGCAACCUCAGAUGAUUGAGGCCUACACUGCAGACGGCUAUCCCUUCCAAGUCUCUUCUGCCCGACAGACCCAUCUCGAGAAGAACCGUGUCGCCGCUCACAAGUGCAGGCAGCGCAAGAAGGAGUACAUCAACAGCCUCGAAGGCCGCGCACGCGAAUUCUCUGCAAAGAACAAGAUGCUCAAGGAGAAUGUCGCUCUCUUACGUGAGGAAGUCCUUGAUCUUAAGAACGAAGUACUGGCCCACGCUGGCUGUGGCUUCUGGGCCAUCGACGAGUACCUAGCGAGAUGUGCUGGCGGCCUUCUCGGUAUGGAUGCACCUGCACCUGGUAUGCCUGGCCACCACGCCAACCCACGACUCAACAACAGCAAUCACAGCCCCGUCAUGGCUUCCCCCAGCACCACUCACCAACAUGUCCGGGAGACCAGUAUGGGAUCCAUGAGUUCCGGUGACGCCGAUGACUUUGGCGGCCUCGAACUCCUCAAGGACUUUACUGAUGAAGACAUGGAUGAUUUGGAGGCAUAG